GCGGGUAUAAUGAGCAAAGGUUGGGAACUGUGUGACACUCUGAAGCUCAGGAUGUUCUCUCUGCAUGCUCCCACCCCCCGCAUGGCCACUCCACCUGUUUUAUCUUCCACUCCCUCCUCUUCCUCGACAGCGGGAGCAGUUAGAAAUCCAAGUGCAGACCAGGAAGUGGAGCAGCAUAUCUGUGUGAGACACACUCACACUCACAGCACCUACAUCCUACCCCCCUGCUGAUCUAUUACAGGUAGAAGCAGGUCUGGGUUGAGAAGAGUUCGACUGGCAGCAAGGCGAAAGUGCAGUGCUGAUGUGCUGUGUUCUCGGUCGAGGGUGCGAGCUAAGCCCAUGAGGGGAGCGUGGAGGCCGGGCUGCUGAGGCAGGAGGGAGAUCGCAGAGGCUCCCCGGAGAGCAGCGACCGCUCACUCCAUCCACGAGGAAGGCGACGCAUCGGGCCAGAAGUCCAAAACAACUUUGGGGAUGCUGAGCUUAAAAUUACCUCGUCUCCUCAGCAUCAAUCAAGUGCCCAAAGUAUUCCACGAACACAGCAUUAUCUUUGGCUAUCGCCAACCACGAUGCACCGCCACAGAUUGCCUCUUCAGUCUCUUCCAGCUGACGAAUGAGACCGUCAACAUCUGGACCCACUUCCUGCCAACCUGGUACUUUGUCUGGAACUUGCUGGCCCUUUCAUACACUCUGGACUUCUGGAACGAAGCUUACACAUGGCCAUUCCUGGUCUUCAUGGUCACCGCUUGUAUCUAUCCUUUCACCUCAAGCUGUGCCCACACGUUUAGCUCAAUGUCCACUCGAGCAAGGCAUAUCUGCUUCUUCUUCGACUAUGGUGCUCUGAGCCUCUACAGCCUAGGCUCAGCGACGGUCUACGCAGCCUACAUCAUGCCGGACAAGUGGAUCAACAGCACCUUCCACGAGUGGUUCAUGCCUCUCGCCGUCUUCAACACCGUGGUUUGCACCGGUCUGUCGUGCUACUCCCGACUGGGAUUGCCUUUCAUCCACUUUAACUGCAGCAUCACUGAAAGGUUUCCGGAGCAGGAAAGUCCAAACAUGAGCAAAGUCUUGCGAAUCGUUGCGUUUGCUUACCCAUAUUUCUUUGAUAACAUCCCGCUGUUCUACAGGCUAUUCAUUUGCACAGGAGAGGGAUGUGCCCACAACGAGACGAUUCCGAUCCACUACAGACACGUGACACUUGCAAUGCUGACCGGAUUCUUGUUUGCGACUCACUUACCCGAGCGCCUCGCUCCAGGGACGUUUGACUACAUUGGUCACAGUCAUCAACUGUUUCAUAUCUGUGCUGUCAUAGGCACCCACUUCCAGAUGAAAGCACUUAUCAAGGACAUGACACUGCGCCAAGCUUGGCUUGCACUCCACGCACCUUUGCCUUCCUUCAUGGACACCAUUGGAGCGAUCAGCCUUGCCCUCUUGUUGAACCUCCUCAUCAUUGCACUCUUCUCCCUGGGCUUGUACUGGAAACCAAAGACACCUGAAGUGAGGAGCCAGCACUACUACACUGAGAAACUAAAGGUGGAUUAGGAUGGUGCACCUCCCCUUGGCCUAGCUGAAGAAGAGGCCAAGAUUACUGAAGGGGAAAAGCAUUUGGAAAGCCUCCUCAGUUGAAUACUGUGACUGGUGAAGAGAUGAAGUGGACAACUGUUCAAAAGGAAUAUAAUUCCCAAAUGGUGCCUUUAAUGGGUGUACAAUAAUCGUCAAUAUGCUUGGGCCUGGUGCUGUGGAUAUUCUUGUUACACCCUUAUCUUAUUUAUUUUAUUGCAUUAUAAAGUUGGUCUUGGGGUGAGUACAGGUCGGGUCAGUGGCCUCUGUAUCAGUGUCAGUGCCUCUCUGUACUGCUCCGUUAAAGGAGUUUAAAUUUCUCCAGUCUAGGUCGAAUUUCACAUUGUGCCUUCGAUCUCCAACAAAUUUGAUUAGGGUAUAAUAUCCGAGAUCAGGUUAUGGAAGUUUAAGUAAAAGACAUCCUUUGGUGUAGUUGAAUCAACGGAUGUUCUUGUCAGUGUGUGUUCUAUGAGGUAUUUAAGAACUAAUUAUCAUAUAACUCUAUGGAGAACCAGGCAAUUAUCAUUGUCAGGCUGCAAACUUGAGAUAACUGACCACAUUUAAAGAAAACAAUGUCUUAAUUUUCCCCUACACCUGUGGCCUUUGGCCAGGUUUGGGCAGGACCAGAUUUGAUGGAGUCAUUUGGAAGAGAUAAAGUGGGUAGAGGAAGACUGAGAGGUUCAGGGAGGGAAUUUCAAGUCUUGGGUUCUUAGCGGUUGAAGAUAUGAUGGAGCUGAAGAUUGAUUUUCAUCAGGAGAGAAGCUUGUUGGAGAUACAUCGAGAUCUCAAAGGUUUCACAUGCCGGAAGAGGUCAUGAAAUUGGAAGGGGUGAGCCCAUUGGGGAACUUAAAGUGGUGACUGAGAAGUUUUAAACAAAUUGAAAAGAAGGUUGAUCUGCAUCUAGCUGCAUCUAAGAACAUCCUUGUGAUUGAGGCAGCGCAGCGUAGGUUCACAAGAUUGAUCCCUGGGAUGGCGGGACUGUCACAUGAGGAAAGAUUGAAAAGACUAGGCUUGUAUUCACUGGAGUUCAGAAGGAU